CCGCCAUCGAAGAAGAAAAAGGCGGAAGUCAGGCAGCCCACCGGCGGCGGCAACCUUCACUUUUAUCGUCAGUCAGCCUUUUCGCUUGGGUUUGUCGGAUGCCGGUAAAAAGUAGACACCUUUAUUACUUAUUAGUGUUUCGAAUGAAACCGCGAAUAUAGAAUACAGAUCUCUGGCUGACGUCACCGCGAACGCCAGCGCUCCGGCGCUCGGCCAUAAGCGGAAGUGAGGCAAGAGACGCCGCCUAUGCCCUCGCCAAAUGCGCGAGAACGAGCGGCGCGCUGUGGAAUUCCGUGUCGCCGUGCCGCCAAAACGCGCCUUUCGCCUCGCCUGUCAGCUGCAGACAAAGAGCGUCGCGAGCGAGCUCGGCAGCAGAGCCGAGUGCCGAGCGAUCCUCGCCGCCGUUGUGGACCACACGCGGAGGGCGGAGAAACGAGCCACCCGCGGGAGGAAGAAAUCUCGGUACCGUUGCGCAGCGCGAGGAGGAAGCGAGGGAGGGCGUCCGCGAACGGACGCUCGCGUGGACCCACGCGAGCCAGUGUCCUGCAGACAUGAGCCCCCCUCCCCGCGUCAAAAGGGAAGAAGACCUUCCAGAGACACGGACACCAGAGCGGCCCCUCAUUAAGAAGGAAGAGGAGGAAGACUGGCCCCCCCGCCUCAAAGAAGAAGAGGAGGAAGUGGGCAUCGGCCAGGAGGCCGGACGGCAUCUCGGCGGUCCGCCUGAAAAAGAGGCGCAGCGGGAGGAAGCGGAAGUCGACAUCCGCCACUUUCCUGUCAUUCAGGUCGUCGUGAAGGCCGAAGACGGCAGCGCCGAAGGCGAGCCUUCGCGUCUUGACCGCAGUCCAAGCGCGCCGGAAGCGGACGGCGUCUCGGCUGCGCUCUCCGACUCGCCGGACGCCGCCGCCGGGACGAGAGAAAAGCCUUUCGCGUGUGCCUUUUGCGCCAAAGCGUUCGCCAGGAGGACGCAUUUGAGGUCGCACGUGAUGACGCACACCGGCGAGAAGCCCUUUCCCUGCUCGCUCUGCGCUCAGAAGUUCUCUUCCAAGAGCAACUUGAAGUCGCACGUGAGGACGCACACCGGGGAGAAACCGUUUCCCUGCUCGCUGUGCGGCGAGAGAUUCCCCCGGAAGCACACGCUGACGGAGCACUCCCGGACGCACACGGGGGAAAAACCUUUUCCGUGCUCGGUCUGCGCCCAGACCUUCUCUUCCAAGAGUAACUUGAAGGCCCACAUGAGAAGACACACCGGCGAGAAACCCUUCGCUUGCUCGGUUUGCGGCGAAGGCUUCACCACCAAAGCCAUUCUGGCGGUCCACGCCAGAAAACACACCGGAGAGAAACCAUUUGCCUGCUCAACCUGCGGCGAGCGAUUCACCCGGAAAGACACCUUGGCGGUCCACAUGAGGACGCACACGGGAGAAAAACCCUUCCCCUGUUCGGUGUGCGGCCAAACGUACUCGUCCAAGUGCAGUUUGAAGAUUCACAUGAGGAGACACACCGGCGAGAGACCUUUCGACUGUCCGGCGUGCGGCGAAGGCUACGCCACCAAAGCCAUUUUGGUGGCGCACAUGAGAACGCACACGGGGGAAAAACCUUUCUCCUGCUCGGUGUGCGCGCAAACCUUUGCUCACAAGUGCAACUUGAGGACGCACAUGAGGAAACACGCCACCGAGGAGGCGCUCGCCUGUGGCGGGUGGGAUUGCGGCUUCGCUUCUCGGUCGCAGCCGGACGGGCGCGAGUGUGCCGCCGAGAAGAGCGGCGAUCGGUGACGCCGUGAACGCGAACUCGGGUUAUCGCCGCCGCAACCGCCGUUCCCCGGUGCUUGUUUCCCUCCAGUGCUGCCUAGAAAUACGGGCGGAUAUCCGUGCCGUCCAAAUUCACGUGAUUAACAGUGUUGUUGUUUUUGGAACCAUGAAAAUAUUUCUCACUAUCAAAA